AUAACGACCAGCAGCAUCCCGGAGGAAAGCCAGCGCUGGGGCUGGCCUCGUCAGCCUCCCGCCCACCUGGGCUCUCUCCAAGCUCUAUCUUACCGUUCGGCGGACGGCUGACAAUGUCAGCCCUCGCUCCGGGCCAGCAGGAUAUAAACCGUUCUCAACGCUAUCCAGCCUUCUCCAGUGAACGUUUGAACCCCCGCCAUCCCGCCUCCGGAAAGCACUACAGUCCUAUUCUACCAUCGCCAACUAGUUCACUGCCAUCAUGCCGAUCGUAUCCUCCUUCUUCUUCGCUGCCUUGGUCUUGAUCUACGCUGCCUUCAACGGCAAGGACGUCAUCCUCGAUGGGCUUGGCAAGGUGCAGAAUGCCAUGGACGUGGCGUUGCAGUCCUUCCAGCUUCCCAUGCUUUCACUCUCUGUGUGGGACUAUGGGCCACCAACGCCGCCCGGCUCGUCGCUCGAACUGCACACGAUCUUCGGCGAAGGCGAGUACACCGCGGGCGAAUACCUGGACUGGUACGUCUCCAACGGGACCUCCACCCUCUGGCCUGGCGACGCUCCCUACAACAUCAGUUCCCUUGACUGGUUCGUCGAGGACGACUACACGCCAUCUGGUCUCUCUGGUUCUGGCCUUGGUCUUGCGCUGGACUCUGCUGACGACCUGAAUGGUGCAUCCUACCUGAACGCGACCGACCCUCGUCUCCGGUGCUACAUUGACGUCGACUUCCGUGUCCUUCCGUCAGCCCCUUCGAGCUCUACUGUCGGUACUGCGUCCUCUACGGACUCGCCCACGGAGUCCCACACAUCGGAGCCCGAGUCGUUGAUCACUUCGUCAGCCACCGCGGUCAGCGAGACUACCACGACGGCAAGGUGCUUCAUCGGCGCAGAGUACGUCGCCUCGGCCACUGGCUCGUUCGUUCUCCCCACCUCCACCGCCGUAUCGGAGCCCACCAUCGUCUACGGCCCCUCGCCUUCUUCGGCCUCUCCUGAGCUCCGUUCUGCGGUGCCGUGCCCUACGGCCCCCGUCGACUCCUUUGUUCCCGAGGAGGGCGGCAAGCAAGACACUGGAUCUGGCUUGUUCUCGUUCGUCUUCGCGUGCUUGGAGGCCUUCCGCGAGUUCCUCGGUGCGCCUCAGCACAAGUUCUACCCCAUCAUCGUGCUCCCCGUCCCCGCCCUGUUCGCGUGGUGGCUGGACGGUGGGUUCGAGAAGGAGGCUGACGACACGGACGACGAGCAAGAGCCAGUCGAGCAAGAGCAGCACAAGCGUGAAGGCAGGGACAAGCACCUGAGCUUCGACGCUGCCCUUCGCUCUUCUGACUCCGACAGCGACUUCGAAGUUGAGGAGGAUUCCUUCGUCGCAGCUGCCACAUGGGCUGGAGAGGGUAUUAACUCCUCUGUGCCCUUUUAAGAGGUCUCUCCACUUCCCCAAUCCUUGCAUGGUACGUCUUCGCAGAUUGAUGUCGCGUCAGUAUAACAUUUACGCCAUUCUAGUCUGGUUUCGGUCUCGGUUUCAAUUUCUAUCUUCACGCAUGG